ACAGUGCGCUGCUCCUGUGAGUCAGGCUGUUGAUGAGGGGUUUGUUUGGGUUUAAAGAGUCGCCUAGUGAUCGCAGAGGAGGAAGCAAUAAACAGCUAAAGCAGAUCAUUACAGGAUUCAUUACAGCGUCUCUCCUGUGAAACAGGUGUGUGUGUUUCUUCAGGUGUGGAGAUGAAGGCUCUCAGUGCUGCAUGAACGUCCGUCUGGUCAUGGAGUUCCGCUUCGGGAAUGUCGUGUUCAGCUCCCGCUUCGACUCCGGGAAUCUGGCCCGUGUGGAGCGAGUGGAUCGAUCCGAACCCGACGGCGAGACCGUGCGACCGGCCAACGCUUCUGCGCAGCCGCAACCCGACUAUGAGUUCAACGUCUGGACCAAACCGGACUGCGCCAGUACAGAGUUUGAAAACGGCAACCGGUCGUGGUUCUACUUCAGCGUUCGAGGGAUGUUACCGGGCAAACUGCUGAAGAUCAACAUGAUGAACAUGAACAAACAGAGCAAGCUUUACUCUCAGGGCAUGGCUCCGUUCGUCCGCGCGCUGCCCGUGAAAACACGCUGGGAGAGGGUUCGAGACAGACCCACGUUUGUGAUGUCAGACAGUCAGUUCAUCCUGUCGUUUGUUCAUCGUCUGCUGGAUGUCCGAGGCGUCACCACGUACUUCUCCUUCUGUUAUCCGUUCUCAUACACGGAGUGUCAGGACAUGAUGCUGCAGCUCGACCAGAAGUUCCUGAGCACCUCACACACACUGGGGCCCUGCAGUCCAGUGGAGAGCAUAUAUUACCACCGUGAGCUGUUGUGUCACUCUCUGGACGGCCACCGGGUGGAUCUGGUCACGGUUUCGUCCUGUCACGGUUUGCUGGAGGAGAGAGAGCCGCGGCUGGACAGACUCUUCCCGGACCUCAGCACCCCACGGCCGCACUGCUUCACUGGCAAACGGGUGUUUUUCCUGAGCAGCAGGGUUCACCCCGGUGAGACGCCGUCUAGUUUUGUUUUUAAUGGUUUCCUGAACUUCAUCUUGAGUCAGGAUGAUCCGCGCGCUCAGGCGCUCCGCAGGAUCUUUGUCUUCAAACUCAUUCCCAUGCUGAACCCCGACGGGGUCGUCAGGGGUCAUUACAGGACGGACUCUCGCGGUGUGAAUCUGAACAGACAGUAUGUGAACCCCAGUCCAGAUCUGCACCCCUCCAUCUACGGCGCCAAAUCUCUCCUGCUCUACCACCACAUCCACAAUCGCCUUGGCAGCAACACUCCCUCCGCCCUUAAAACCUCCAACCAAUCAAACACCACCCUUCCUGUGAUCACGCCCACUGAGCUAGAGCACUGUCUCAACCACCGCAACGAGGCGGAGCGAGGGGAUGGGCCGACCCUCGACCUCUCAGAGAUCCCGAUGCAGCUGGAGGAGAGCUGGGAGAAAGGCGGAGUCGAGAGAGAGGUGGGGCCCUGCGAUGAGAACGAGUCGACGCCGAACAGAGGCGAAACGCCGGUGGUGACAAACCCCGCCCCCUCUGAGCAGAUCCCGCCCCAGGAAAGCGGAGUGGCGUAUUAUAUAGACCUGCACGGCCACGCCUCCAAGAGAGGAUGCUUCAUGUACGGCAACAACCUGUCGGACGAGAGUCAGCAGGUGGAGAACAUGUUGUAUCCGAAGCUGAUCUCACUAAACUGCGCCCAUUUUGAUUUCCUGGGCUGUAAUUUCUCAGAGAAGAACAUGUACGCUCGCGACAAACGCGACGGCCAGUCAAAAGAGGGCAGUGGACGUGUGGCCAUUCACAAAACCAUCGGCCUGACCCACAGUUACACACUGGAGUGCAACUACAACACGGGGCGGUCGGUGAACACCAUCCCACCCGCCUGUCACGAUAACGGGCGAGCCACGCCCCCUCCACCGCCCGCCUUUCCGCCCAAAUACACACCUGAGGUGUACGAACAGGUGGGGCGAGCGGUUGCCAUAGCAGCGCUGGACAUGGCGGAGUGUAACCCGUGGCCGCGGCUAGUUCUGUCCGAACACAGCAGCCUGCUGAACCUGCGGGCGUCCAUCCUCAAACACGUGCGGAACAGCAAGGGCCUCACGUCCGACAACCGCAAGAACGCCAACACGAAAGCCAGCAGUCCGCCCAAACCUGCAAGCCUGAGCACCUCUGCCUCGGAAAACUCCCUCAACCGGACGCGCAGCAUGGCAAAUGUUCAGGGAAGCCGGCAGACGUCUCCUCAGCUCAAGAGUUCUCCCAGCUUCACCUUCGGCAGCCCUGCCUGCGCUCACGGCCCCGGCGCACACCGGCCCCCGCACAGGAGCCUGGGGCCCGUCAGAGACUGUAAAGCUCAGGAGAAGAGGCGUCCGCAUCAUCAGCACCAGCGGCUGUCCCUCCGCCAGCCGGGCACCACUCGCGCCCCUCUCUCGCCCUCCUCUUCCUCCUCCUCCUCUUCCUCCUCGUCCCCAUCCUCCUCGUCCUCAGGAGGUGUCGGCGAGGCCCCGGGCCCCUGCUCCAUCAGUAUGGCAGGCAACAGCUGCCCGGAGUUCCGCCCAGCCAGCCAGACUAAAGAGAUGCGCGGUGGGUGGGGCAAGGCUGGUCGAUCAGGCCCCGCCCACUCUCAGGCAUCCUAUCAGAGGAUAGCGUUCACAGCACAGGAACCACUGCGGGAAUCUCUGGACAUCCUGACGUCUAUAGAGUACAGCAGAUGUGAGCUGCAGCCUCGGCCCAGCCGUAUCCCGGUGCGGAAGGACAUUCAGUCCGUAGUCGUCCCGCUUACAGGCCACGAGACGCACAGCAUGAGAGUGUGGAAACUGAUCAAACCCGGCAUCAAGAAACAUCUGGCAGGUGUUUCUGGGAAAGACGGUUCAUUGCGUCUGGCAACCAAAACUCUGCUGAAGAACUCUUCCUGUAGCUAUCAGAGCUCUGGAGACGCUAGAGACAAACACACAAACAGAUCUUUGCAGACCUGAGAAGCUCUAAUGGGUCAUCUACAGAAGCUGCUCGUGUUUAAUGGUGACUGAAAUGUGGUGCUUUCCCAGCAUUCAGCAGUGCUGUGGCUGUUUUAAUCCUCCAUAAGCACAACUACACUAAAACAACAACAUGCUCAGCAUCGCGUUGUGUUUCUAAAGAAAUCCUUUUAAAUGUGUGGCUUCGUUUUGUAAUUGAAAAAUUAUGUUGUGGCAAAAUUAGAUUGUGGUGCUUAUUACAGUUCAGAAAAACUGACCAAACUGUGUGUUUAUGGUGCAUUUAGAAAGCAAUAAACAAAUGUGUAUUUACGAAAAAA